AUGUCCAUGACAGUGGAAGAUUUGAUGCAGCAAUGCUUCACAGUUCGUACGGCCGACCAAUAUGAUAAAUUUGUUCAGGAGCAUGGUAUCCCGCCUGUGCGACAAGAAAUCACAGGAGGUGGCUCGGCAUUGUGGUUUGGCUCGCCUUCAGCCAAGAGAGUGAUAGGACACAUGCAUGGUGGUGGGCUAGUCAUGCAUGCGUCUACUUUUCAUUUUGGCCUGGCCUACGAAAUGUAUAAAACAGCGACUGCCGGCGGGGAUGAUGUUGCGUUGGCUGUGCUUGCUUAUGAUAUCUGCCCGAAUGCACCCUAUCCAACUCAGUUACGCCAACUGAUCGCAUUCGUCACUCAUCUUAUGCAUGGGCGAGACACGAAAGAUAUCGACCUGUACGGAGACAGUGCCGGGGGAAUGCUUAUUCUCUCUCUCCUCCUCCAUGUUAUGCAUCCGCACCCCAAAAUUCUUCCACUCUCCAUCCCUUCUGGCCAUCGUCUUGGAAAAAUCUUGAUGAUAUCUCCUACCACGCCGAUGGUUACGCCAGCGAUGGCUACGAGCAAAAACAUUGGCCGCGAUUUGGUUGGCGUGGAUGAAGUGGCCCAAAUGUGGAACGUUAUCCAGAGUAAUCAUGACCCUGACGUUGAGCUCAUCAACCCAUGGUUCGCUCCACUGUCCGUGAUGCGUGAGGACUGGUAUGAAACACUGCCAGCUGGGGGGAUUACAGUUGUCUCGGGUGGAUUGGAGAUCUUCGAAGAAGAUAUCGCCAAACUCGCUCAAAUAAUAAAGAAUAAGCAUCAAGGCCGCGUCGACAUUCAUGUGGAUCAAACUGUCGGUCACAUUGCCUUUCUCAAGGAGGGCUUAAUGGGCAUAAGAGCGUCAGAGUACACGAGACAUGUGAUAGAAUGGGCCAAAUUACGAGAAUAG